UGUGUUCGUGGUGCGCGAGUUGGUGCAGCAAUACCGUCGCGUAUGCGCUGUUCGAUAGGCUAUCGAACGGUGCUCCACCCCCUCCGGUGAAUAACGCGUUACAUCGUGAAGCACCAGUCGAGCCCGGCCAGCGCUGCGAACUAUGCCUGCAGCUGAGGCAAACACCUGUACCCAGCCUAACAUCGAACCUUUGCCGUCGUCUGCACAAUGACACCUUCUUCACGGCAAUUACUGAUAACCCUUGCUCUAUUUUUCUAUGUUGGCCUCUCGCUACAAUGGGGCCAUCUUCAUCUAGAAGACGACGAAAAGGAUCCAGAAGAUCUGUUGUCAUCAAAAGAAACUGUCAACAAUACCGCAGACUUGGACAAGUUGGCGGAGGAUACAACUUUAUUAUAUGGAAAUACAACUGUUGAAGAAAAGGAUCCACUAUUUCCAAAAGAUCUCUUCACAUUGGAACAACGGCGAAGAGGCGCAGUUAUUUUUCAUAUUGUGGGUGUUGUGUAUAUGUUUGUGGCACUAGCAAUUGUUUGUGAUGAAUUCUUUGUACCAUCACUGGACGUUAUCAUCGAAAAACUGCAAAUCCAGGAUGAUGUAGCUGGCGCUACAUUUAUGGCAGCUGGGGGUUCUGCCCCAGAACUGUUUACAAGCGUAAUAGGUGUAUUUGUAUCAUUCGAUGAUGUUGGAAUCGGCACUAUUGUGGGUUCCGCAGUAUUUAAUAUCUUAUUCGUGAUUGGAAUGUGCGCGUUAUUUUCACGCAGUGUUUUAACAUUAACUUGGUGGCCAUUAUUUCGGGAUUGCUCAUUUUAUUCAGCAAGCCUUAUAACAUUGAUAUUUUUCUUCAGAGACAAUCUUAUUUAUUGGUAUGAAGCAUUGAUUUUGUUUUCUUUCUAUUUGGCCUAUGUCAGUUUCAUGAAGUGGAAUCAACCUGUGGAGAGGUGUGUCAAACGGAACUUGUAUAGGAACAGGGUGACUAGAGUACGGAGUACAGAUCAACUUAUGCCAACGCACCAAGGCGCCGCGCAAGCUUUGCAUGGUAAUGCAGCAACAUCUAGUGAAACUAGUGUAGGUACUGGAGGUAUUGGUGCCGGUGGUGGUGCUGGGAGCAGUGUGACGUCACGCGCGGCCAGUGAAACGCCGGGUGUACCGCAUCAUCAUGGAGGUUCAAGUAGCAGUAGCACACAUACUGGCGCCAAAUUCAGGCAUGGACUUUUACAACUUAUGAUACAUACAAUUGACCCACUCCAUGACGGGAAAGUGGACGAAAAAGCAACGCAAUUACAUGCAAUUGCAUCAUUGAAAGUUUUACUUGAUGCAACGAAACCACAUAAUGGUGCUGCUACAAGUACAGCAGCAAAUCAUAUACAAGCUGCAAGCAUCGCCACCGCUGCGGCAGCUGCAAAAGAAACUGUGCUUACUGGCCAGGAUAUGCCGAAUGGUAUUGUAAAUACACUUGCCCGAGAAGCACAUCUUGAAUCUAUGGGGGUAGGAGAGCCAGAUUCUGAAGAUGAACCUCCAGAAGCAUUGGAUAUGUCGUGGCCGGAUACACACCGAAAACGGCUCACAUAUCUUUUGGUGGCACCAAUUGUCUUCCCGUUGUGGCUUACGUUGCCUGACACACGUACUCCUAGAGGCAAGAAAUUCUUCCCUAUAACUUUCAUUGGAAGUAUAGUAUGGAUAGCCGCGUACUCGUACCUGAUGGUGUGGUGGGCGAAUGUUGCUGGAGAUACAUUCGGUAUACCACCAGAAGUGAUGGGUCUAACAUUUUUAGCGGCAGGUACUUCCAUUCCUGAUCUCAUCACCAGCGUCAUCGUAGCCAGGAAAGGUUUCGGCGAUAUGGCCGUUUCCUCUUCCGUAGGAAGCAAUAUAUUCGAUGUCACCGUUGGGUUACCAGUGCCUUGGCUGUUGUACGGCAUCAUUUAUGGAACACCAGUUGAAGUGAGUUCGGUUGGUAUGGUAUGUUCCAUUACAAUUCUAUUCAUGAUGCUACUGUUCGUGAUAAUGUCCAUCGCAUGUUUCCGAUGGAAGAUGAAUAAGGGCCUCGGAUUUACAAUGUUCCUCUUAUAUUUCGUGUUUGUUGCGAUAUCACUAAUGUUCGAAUAUGAAAUAAUAGUGUGCCCUGUUUGAACUGCAUAUGUAAUAGUUAUUAUACAUAAUAUUUAAAAAAAAAUAACAAGUUAGUUAAUUACAUAUUUUCUAGCCCUUAUCAUCAUCCCCAAUCCUCCCUUAC